UUUCCCAAAAAGGGUCCUAUGUUCCCCUGUAGCCAUAAAUACCGGGGAGCAUAGGACCCUUUUUGGGAAAAGCGGGGAACAUUGGUGAUGGUUGCCGUUUGCCGUUUGGGCUUCUCUGGGUUUGUUUACCGGCGUAUGAAUAGACUGCGUCAGGUUCUCCGAUGUCUCUCCCUCUUCCACAAAAGGUAAAGACAUGCAAUGGUAGUUAUCUCGGCCGGAAUUUGGCAGUAAUGGUGGAAAACAGACCGGGGAACAUUGAACCUGUUACGUAUUUUAGGAACAUAAGCUGCCUCCACGUAGCCUCUAGGAAGCAGAUUCAAACACACAAGCUGCAUUACCCUCACAUAGCCACUAGGAAGCAGGAUCGAACACUUAAGCAACUACUUUAGCCACAGAUAGCAGCACCUUUAGACAGGGGCGUAGCCAUUACGUCACCCCGGCCACGCCCACUUGACGUCCUCUAGCCAGUGUUGCCAACUUAGCGAUUUUAUCGCUAUAUUUAGCUACUUUUCAGACCCCUUUGGCGACUUUUUUUCAAAACAGCGACAAGCGACAAAUCUAGCUCCUUUUUCAGCUGUUAUUGGUGACUUUUGGCGACUUUUUGAGGUGGAAGCACUAUCGCUAUUACCUCUUCACAACGAGCACCGGGUGCCUGCGCGGCCCCUCCCCCGUCUCAAAGCACUUACAGGCAGCCCAGUCCUCGUCAGUGUUGCCAACUUAGCGAUUUUGUCGCUAUAUUUAGCUACUUUUCAGACCCCUUUGGCGACUUUUUUUCAAAACAGCGACAAGCGACAAAUCUAGCUCCUUUUUCAGCUGUUAUUGGUGACUUUUAGCGACUUUUUGAAGUGAAAGCACUAUCGCUAUUACCUCUUCACAACGAGCACCGGGUGCCUGCGCGGCCCCUCCCCCAUCUCAAAGCACUUACAGGCAGCCCAGUCCUUGUGCAUCAGUCCCUCCCAGCUGCUCUGGAGACGUUCACGCCUCGGCAUCCGGGCUGCAAAUGAAUCCGCGUCACCACGUGACGCGUCUCGGCCAGCAAGCCGCCGCCGACUGAUCCCGCCCCCUGACGUAAUUCCCGCCAGGGCGGGAAAAUGUAAUAUUUUCUUUGUCUAAAUAAAAUAAUAAAUCGCAUUGACUCACACUGCCUCAGCCCUCAGGUAGGUUCAGUCACUUCACCUCACCUCGUCCACUGCGUGAGUGUGUGUGUGUCUUUACCAUGUCGCAGUCAAAACUUUAUCAACAAAAAUAUAGGAAAGAGUGGGAAGCAAACACUGCUUUUAAGGGCUGGUUAAAGCCGUUUAUUGGAGACGAUAAACGAGCAUACCGUUGCUAUUGCAAAGUCGAUUUCUGUGCCAAACUCAGUGAUGUGAAGAAACACAGUUCAACCCAAAAGCAUAUUCAAAAGGCACAAAUCGGCUCAAACAACGCUGCCAUUUAUGGUAAGCAAAAUUGAUGUCUCCAAAAAGGCUGAGGCUACUAUAGCGUUAGCAAUUGCUGAACACUGCUCCCUCCUUGCAUGCGACCACAUUGGGGAAGCAUGUAGGUCAGCUUUUUCCGACUCUGCUGCUGCUACGCAUUUCAGAAUGCACAGGACUAAGUGCACUGAAAUGAUCAAUGGUGUCCUAGCACCUUACUUUUUGAAAAAGUUGGUGGCAGAUGUGGGUGAGCAGCAUUUUAGCCUCCUCGAUGAGGCCACAGACAUCAGUGUGUCUAAGUACCUGGGUGUUGUCAUCAGAUACUUCAGUGAAACUAAAGGGACAGUGGUUUCAACAUAUCUGGGGCUUGUUGAGUUGGACGGAGGAGAUGCCCAUUCUAUUGCCCGUGCUUUGUUGGCUUUUUUGGAAAAGUGCUCUCUUGUUAAAGAGAAACUCCUAGGGAUAGGCACUGACAAUGCCUCUGUAAUGACAGGGAUAAAUAAUGGUGUCCAUACAGUUCUCAAACAGGAGUAUGGCCUUAAAGACCUUGUCCUCAUUCGAUGUGUGUGUCACUCCCUGCAGCUUGCGGUUACUCCUGCAUCCAAUGACACAAUGCCACGCAGUGUGGAGUAUCUGGUAAGGGAGACAUAUAAAUGGUUUUCAGUGUCUCCCAAACGCAGGGAGGCCUACAAGGCCAUUUACGAGACUAUUAACUGUGGGGAGAAACCCUUACAAAUUACAAAGGUGUGUGCCACAUGUUGGCUCUCCAUUGAACCCGCAGUGUCACGCAUUUUGGACCAGUGGGAGGAGCUUAAGCUGCAUUUUGAGGUCACCAAGUCCAGUGAACACUGCUACAUGGCUGAGGUUUUACACUCCAUGUACAGUGAUCCUCAAAAUGUCUUGUACUUGACUUUUUUGAAGUCAGUGCUGGGUGAGGUACAGUUGGCCAUGAAGGCUUUUGAAGGAGAGCAGGUAGAUCCUCUUAAGCUACUUGACAGCUUGGUAGGCCUCAUCAAGUCUGUGAGCAGCAGGGUCCUGAAUCCAUUGGCAAAGGUUGAUGUUCUUAAAGGGCCAAUAGAUGGAUACAUCAGUCCAAUACCAUACCUUGGUUACCUUUUUGACUCAAAGGCAGCUGAGCUCCACCUCGCGCCUGACAAUGAACACAAUGUCCGAAAACGGUGUGUCGCCUUCACCAUCUCCCUCACAAAUGAGUUGAGGAUGAGACUGCUGGACAACAUUGAGACAUUGAAAUACAUGUCAGUUUUCAAUGUAGAGAAAACUCUUAAAUGCAGCAAGAGCCCUGGAGAAAUGGUGAAAAUAGCCAAGCUCCUUGGCUACGCACCUGAAGUAAUCGACAAGAUUGUCCAACAAUGGCGUGCCAUUCAUCUCAGUGACUGGAUGGAGAAAAAAAACACACUGGGCUUCUGGAGUGAGAUCUGGAAGUUCAGGGACGCAGCUGGUAUCAACCCAUUUCAGGAACUUGCCAUGGCUGCUGUGUCUGUGUUGUCAUUGCCACACUUGAAUGCUGAAGUUGAGAGAGUGUUCAGCCAGAUGAGUGUGGUAAAAAGCAAACUCAGGAACCGGAUGUCCUUGCAGACCUUAAACUCCAUCCUAUACAUCCGAUAUGGAUUAAAGCUGUCAGGUGAUGCUUGCUUUGAGCACUAGGGUUGGGCAUCGAGCAUCGAAUGGAACCUGGACUAACAUUCCGGUUCUCCCGGAUUCGUUCAAAUUUUAAAAUUUCGAUUCAUAGUUUCGAUGCCCAGUCCGCUGACCGGAAGAAGAAGCCGCCGAACAGUAAAGAAGAAGCUUCCGGAGAACCCGCCAAACUGUGUGUGCGCGCGUAAACAUGGAAACUGUGCGGCGGCGCUCGAAAGUGUGGCUUAACUUCACUAAAAUAAAUGACAAGUCGGCUCGGUGCAACAUUUGCAAAACAAUUAUAUCGUGCAAAGGCGGGUGUACCACCAACAUGAUCAAACAUCUCCGGGGUCAUGGUGCACAGAUAACUGAUUGCCCCGUCUUUGACGCGCUGCGCCGGCCAUCCUCCGUUGCCACUUCCUCCACUGCCUCUACCUCCGCUGCCUCUACCUCCGGCUCCGACCCUCACCCUAGCACUGCACUAUCGGGUUAGCAACAAAUACGUAAACGGUUGGUCAACUCAAAUGUAAAUACCAAGCUAACAUUAGCCCAUGUAUUUUUUCAUAGCCAUACGACCUGAAAUUGCAACCGUUAGCCAGGCAGUUACUCCGUUCAGCAUAGCGUCCAAGGGAAAGAUGUCGGUGCAACAAGUGCAAGAGUGCCACAGAAAGGUUACAGCCUUUAUUGUAAAAAGGUUGCAUCCCUUUUCAGAUGUGGAAUCACCAACAUUUAGGGACAUGGUGAAAGCCAUCAACCCCAAGUACACACCACCUACCAGGGACUACUUGGCAAAUAAAUUAAUACCAUCUUGGUAUGAGGUCGAGAAGUCAAAUGUCAUUACAGAGCUCAGUGACGUCUGCUCUGUUGCACUCAUGUGAUGGCUGGAGUAGCAUCACACAGGACCAUUACCUCACCAUCACAGCACACUAUAUAGUGGAGGGCAAAAUGCAGCAAAAAGUGCUAAAAACAAAAGCUGUGUACAAAGCACAGACUGGCUGUGUUGUGGCAGAGGAAAUAAGUGAUGUUCUGUCAAGAGUUUGGCAUUUCCGGCAAAAUUAAAGCAGUCACUGUAGAUAAUGCUGCCAAUAUGGAUGUGACUAUUCAAAUUCAUGGAGAAGUUCAGACUAUUUCAUCCAGAAAGACCUCUGGUUAGCUAGCUCAUUUAAAACAUGUAAACUUUUUUGACCCUGCCUCUUAAGAGAAUCGGAAUCGUUAGGAACCGGAAUCGAAACGAGGAAUCGGAACCGGAAUCGUUCAAAUUCAAACGAUGCCCAACCCUAUUGAGCACCAGCUGCCUGAUCAUGUUUUGAAGCUUUUUGGAACAUCAUCUGCUUAUUCAUUCAAGGUAGCUCCUACAGCUGAACCUGCAGUAGAGAGCCUUGACCAGAGUGACGAUGACUCACUGGUUCUGUGAGCUAGCACAGCCUGUCUGUGUGUGGAGGGAGGUCUGGAGUAGGCCUAACUCUGCCAUUUAGAUUGUUAAUAUAUAUUGUAUACAAAAAUAUGUUAUGUUUAAAAAUGUUCAUGUUUAAAUGUGACCUGUUCUAGGCUCCUACGCGGACCAUAAGGUUGACUUAAGAAAAAUAAAAUAAUAAAAACAUAUUAAAAUAAAAACAAUAAAAAAAUAACUUUAGAAGGACUAUCUCUGCAAGAGUGGGUCCAUUUAGAUUGUUAAUGUAUAUUGUAUACCAAAAAAUGUUAUGUUUUAAAAUGUCAAUGUUUUACUAUGACUUGUUCGGCUCCUAAGUGGACCAUAAAGUUAAAAA